UAAUGACGCACGCACAUUACGUAGCGCGCUCUCUGCCUCCUGACGUGGCCGCCGGGAUCCGCCAUCUUGUGCCGGACAAACCAACGCCUCAGAGACACGGAGAGAAGGGACGGGGAGCGGCGCCGAGAGCAGGACACAGGCAGCGGCCGGGACACCAGCGCAAUCCGCGGCCCACACAGGUUUUUCUUGACAUAUCUUGAUACCGUCACAUUACCAACAUGGGGAAUAUGUUUGCCAACCUCUUCAAGGGCCUUUUUGGGAAGAAGGAGAUGCGUAUACUCAUGGUUGGGCUGGAUGCAGCCGGCAAAACCACUAUUUUAUACAAGCUGAAGCUGGGGGAAAUAGUCACUACAAUCCCUACAAUAGGUUUUAAUGUUGAGACGGUAGAAUAUAAGAACAUCAGUUUCACGGUCUGGGACGUGGGCGGUCAGGACAAGAUCAGACCCCUCUGGCGUCACUACUUCCAGAACACACAAGGUCUGAUCUUUGUGGUGGACAGCAACGAUCGGGAGAGGGUGAAUGAAGCCCGGGAGGAGCUGAUGAGAAUGUUGGCGGAAGACGAGCUCCGAGAUGCUGUUUUGCUGGUCUUUGCUAACAAACAGGACCUGCCCAAUGCAAUGAAUGCUGCAGAAAUCACAGACAAGUUAGGACUGCACUCCCUCCGCCACAGAAACUGGUACAUUCAGGCCACCUGCGCCACUAGUGGAGAUGGGCUCUAUGAAGGACUGGACUGGUUGUCCAAUCAGCUCCGGAACCAGAAAUGAAACCACAAAUCAUAAUCAUUGGGUUUUUUUUUUUGGGCUUUGUUUUUGUCCCUGUCCCACCUCCUCCUCUUCAUGCCUUCCUCCUCCCUCUUCGCUUCUCUCUAACGUGGCAAACUGUUCUACUUUGCGGUAUUGAGUGCCGGAACCAGUACAUUAUUAUAUUUUUCUCACAGUAUGUAUUGCGCCAUGCUGUAAAUGUGGCAGAGCCUGAAUACAGUUGGGUAUCUUAUUUAAUGUAAAUAGUUUUUGUUUUUUUGUUUCCAAUGAGGCAACUUCUGGUACUCCUAUGCAAUAUUCCCUUUUUUUUUUUUCAUUUUAAAAUCAGAUCAACAUGUAGUACUGGAAAGGAGGGUUAGAUUCAUGCGUGUUUUAGGCUGCGGUAUUCACCAUUACAUUUUCUAUUUAAACAAUCAGUGGAAUCCUUUGCCAGUUUACCGCCACAAGCUGACGUUGCGCAUCAGGCUUUCCUCUAGUGGCCGCACAGAUAGCAGCGUUGUUCAGCCAUGUUGCUGCCUGGGGUGUCCCAAGCGUGGUAGCCCCCUUCCACAUUGCUCUUAGAGGGUCAGCAGGGUGGGCCGUCUUUAAAACGCACAACAGUAUGACCUCAUUGGCGCUGGAGAGGAUCGUGUAACACUUAAGGGGUUAAUCUCAGUGCUCCAUUUCUCUGCAUGGUUAGAGAACAGCUCCAGCUAAUUGCUAUGCUGCUGGAUCUGUCUGCAUUUUGCAGCUUAUGUGCUAAUGUUUGUGAUCGAGUGACGACUAUUAGAAAUCUAUUUCAUGUAUGUCUAAACAAAGCCACGGGAGUUCGUAAAGCGGGCAAUACGUUUUGUUGCGUCACACUGGAACUAUUUGUUUUUUUUUUUGGGGGGGGGGGAUUCUUUUUAUGCCUGGUUAUGUUAUGGGGGGUUUGGUCCUUGCAGAUCUUGCUGUGCUAUUGAUGCUGUGCUGAUGUCCCGGUUUUGUUUUUUUAUGUACUUAUUUAAAGAAUUCAUUACUGUCACAUAUAUACAGUGAAGGCAGCCGUCCAGUUUCCAGGUAACGAUGAAUCAGUGAAAUCGGGGAGACCUGAGUGAUGUCACCCCUUCCGGCUGAUUUGAUUGGUUAGGUUCUCAUGGAAAUUGGUGUUGUGUAGAGAAUGUCUGUCACUGCUGUGUGUAUUUGGCAGUUACAGUGUAUUCUUCACUUAAAGUAUUUGGUUUAUUUGCAUUAGUUUUGGUACAUUAAAGCCAGUUAGAGGGGGAGAUGCACCAAUUGUACCGCCUGUUUUCCUCUGUACCAACUUUUAAGCAGCCACCCCACUACCAAAGUAGUAUUGGUGAGCGUUUAUAAGUUCCACCUGGUUAUCCAGUCCGGGCGUUUCUGGGGUUACUGGACGAAGACACAAGAAGCAUCCAUGUUGCACAUUAAUCUAUCCAUUUUCUUCCUGCAUCCGGAACCUCUCCGCUCUUGGUGGUGGCGGCUCAUUGCUUGAGUAACACGGGGUACGUCCCUUCUCCCGGACUAGGCGACAGCAGCCCUAAAUGUCUGUGCCUGAUGCCUAGCAAUUCACACGCAAUCAUUCCAUUGCAGAGCGCAGACCCCUCUCUGAAAUCAUUCCCCGGCGGCAUGCCUCGUGCUGCAAGGCUCAGAUUUGCCAUUUGAUAAUGAAAACUAUUCUUAUUUUAUUCUUAUUUCUGAUCAACACUGAAAAGCCGGAGCUGUUGGAACUUGGAACCGUAAGGACCCGUCUGAGCUGGUUCAUCUAGUGAUGUGGAAUCUUGCUUUCAGUAAACCAAUUGUAAUCAACUGUUUUGUAAACUUGUUUUCAUUUGGACAAACAAGCACUGUAAUUACAGCUAUUAGAAUAAAAUUCCAUCUAUUUCA